UCAAACAGUUUAGUUUUCAAAACUGACAGAGAAAACAAUUUCACCCGUUCACAAACAAGGCGUAGAAAAUUUCUAAUUUUGUUCAAUUAUAAUAACAUUAAAUAUAAUCAGUAUUACAAGAAAUAUAUCUAAUGUCAGCAGAGCAAACAAAUAUAAAGGUUGUUGUGAGAGUUCGGCCUUAUAACAGAAGGGAGUUGGAACAGAAUCAGCGGCAAAUUGUUAAAGUACUGGACAACAACACGCUACUGUUUGAUCCCGAUGAAGAAGACGAUGAAUUCUUUUUUCAAGGAACAAAGCAAAACUAUCGGGAUAUUACAAAACGGCUAAAUAAAAAGAUCAGCAUGGAUUUUGACAGAGUUUUUGAUCCAGAGGCAACAAAUAGACAAAUUUUUGAAGAAUGCACAUCACCUUUAGUAGCUUCAGUUUUAAAUGGGUACAACUGUUCAGUGUUUGUUUACGGCGCUACUGGUGCAGGAAAAACAUUCACCAUGCUUGGGAGCGAUUCUUGUCCUGGUCUAACAUUUCUUACAAUGCGCGAACUCUUUGAUAAAAUACAAGCCCAAAGUAGCACUCAUAAAUUUGAUGUAGGUGUAAGCUAUUUAGAAGUCUAUAAUGAAUUGGUGAUGAACCUUUUAACAAAAACUGGACCACUAAAACUGCAAGAGGACUCAAAUGGGGUAGUCGUUAGUGGAUUAGUUUUAAAACCAAUUUAUAGCGCCGAUGAACUUUUACAACUGCUAGCACAAGGAAAUUCUAAUCGUACCCAACAUCCGACAGAUGCCAAUGCAGAAAGUUCACGUUCGCAUGCCAUUUUUCAGGUUCAUAUUCGAAUGACAGAUCGUAAAACGGGAACGAAACGGACAGUAAAAUUAUCUAUGAUUGAUUUGGCUGGAAGUGAGCGUGCUGCUAGUACAAAAGGAAUUGGUGUUCGUUUUAAGGAGGGCGCAAGCAUAAAUAAGAGUUUAUUAGCUUUAGGAAAUUGCAUAAACAAAUUGGCUGAUGGAAUGAAACAUAUUCCUUACCGCGAUUCAAACUUAACGCGUAUUUUGAAAGAUUCACUUGGUGGCAAUUGUAGAACGUUGAUGGUGGCUAAUGUGUCUAUGAGCUCGCUAACUUAUGAAGACACCUAUAAUACGUUGAAGUAUGCUAGCCGAGCAAAGAAAAUUCGAACAACACUUAAGCAGAACGUCCUCAAAUCUAAUAUGCCAAAAGAUUUCUAUAUAAAGAAAGUCACAGAACUUAUGGCUGAAAAUGAACGUCUUAAAAUAAAAGUUGCUCAGCUCGAAAAAGCCUCAGAAGCUACUCGCUCUUAUAACGAAAGUGAAUUAAAAGCCUGGUAUAGUAAAAUUGAUGCGGUAUACGCGUCGGUCAUUAAAACCCAGGAAUAUGUUAUUGGUACUCAAAGUAAAAUUAAGAGUAUGAAUUUCCGAGAAAAGUUGAAGAAAGAGAACAUAGCUUGUAACAAGCUACUUGAGCGUAAUUCGGUUAAUUCAGAGGAGGUACUUCCUACUUCCACUUCCGUUUACAAUCAACAAAUCGGUAAACUGGAAGAGGAAUCUAUUCGCUGGCGUCGAAAGUUACACGAUGCAAAUAAGGAUUUAGAAAAGCUAAAAAAAGAAAUUAAAGAAUCCAAGUAUGUGGAGAUUUUGAAAAUAUAUGAGAAAGGUAAAGAUAUGGAAGUCCAGUAUUCGAAGCAACAAAUAAAUAUUAAUCACAUAUCUGGCAUAAAUGCCGAAUUCUUGCGGGAUUCAAAUAAACUCCGAAAAGCUUUCAAUGUGGCAUGUGGAUUGUUACAAAAUUCUUACUCGGAACUAAAGACCGAUGUGCAGGAAAAAUACGAACAGUUGCAGCAUUUUGUCAAAACUCAUGCGUAUUUUGGGCAAGAGGACUAUAAAAAAGACAGUGAUGAAGAUUUGGAAGUACCUAUAUUACUGAAAAAAUCAAAUGGAAAACGCACACACAAAACAACUGAAUCUGACUUGCCUGCAUCUACUAGUACAGCAAAAAAACAUAGAUCACGACGUGCAGAGUUGACAAAUGAUUUUGAGUUAGGCUUAGAUACUAUGGAGGAUACCGACUCUGACGACUGCGGUGAUGUUUUUAAAAAACCUUACAUCAAAUGUACAAUUAUGGAUGAAACCCAUGUGUUAUCAUGUGCCACAGACGAUGAGUGCAGCACCAAUACGGAUGUGAGUGGUAUAAAAACAGUAUCAGAAAGUAAAGAAAGUAACAAUUUAAUACGAAAAAAGCAUUUGGUUAACAAUAUACUGUCGGAGCAAAUUGCCAGAGUGCCGCAGAACAAGGACCGCGUGAAGAAUGCUUUGCUAAAGUCGAAAACAUUCAACCAUCAUGGGCUUUUGAAGACCGUAGCUGCUGGUGUGCAAAAGGAGAAUAAAAAAUUCAGUCCAGUGCGCGUACGUAAAAGUCCGAGAAGUAUUAUGGUUAAAUCUCUAGCAACAACGGCCAGCAUAGUUAAGCGACAAGCAGUACGCACGGUAAAUUCCAAUACCAAUGAACCGUUAGUUCGAAUAAAUCGAGCUGCUUCUUUUCGUGUCAAAAAGUAGUUGGGCUUUAACCGAACUAAUUUUCAGUCUAAAUGGAAGUCUAUGUAUUAUAGUUUACAUUAUUUAUAUAGAUAGCAAUCAUAUCACAUACAUAUACAUAAAUAUAUUUACCAUUCAGAUAGAUUUGUAUUUAUACAUCAUAUUCUUAAAUCUAAGCUUUAUUUUUUAAUUUAAUGUUGGCCGUAUAACAACAUCAAACAAGCAGGUUUAUUCAAUUAAAAUAUGUGUGUAUAUAUGUUUUAAUGCUAAAGAAGAACUUGUCAAAUGUAAAUUGAAUUUUUGUAAAUAAAAUGUUUGCAUUGUAUCUUACUCACUGUAACUGC